AUGGCCGCGACAAAAGUAGCCCUCAUAACGGCCAGCUCGGCGGGCCUCGGCGCCCAGAUCGCGCGCGCCUUUGCGCCCGACUUUCGUGUUGUGAUCAACUACGCGUCCAACGCCGAGCGCGCGCAGGCGCUCAUCACCGAGCUGAACGGGAUACCCAGCACUAGCGGUGCAUCGUCAGAGGCGCGGUUCCACCUCGUGCAGGCGGACAUGAGCUCCAAGACGUCGGUGGAGAGCCUCGUGUCGGAGACGCUGGCCAAGUUCGGGCGGCUGGACGUGGUGGUGUCGAACGCGGGGUGGACGCGGAUGACGACGUUCACGGACAUUGAGCAGCAGGUCAACGAGGACGACUGGGACAAGUGCUUUGUGAUGAACGUCAAGACGCACUUGUGGCUGGCGUAUGCGGCCAAGGGGGCGCUGGCGGAGAGCGAGGGCGUGUUCAUCUCGACGGCGUCGGUGGCGGGGGUCAAGCCGAGCGGGUCGAGUGUGCCGUAUGCGGUGACCAAGGCGGCGCAGAUCCACCUGAUGAAGAGCCUGGCGGUGGUGCUGGCGCCGAAGAUCAGGUGCAAUUCCAUCUCGCCGGGGAUGCUGUUGACGGAGUGGGGGCUGAAGUUUCCCGAGGCGAAGCGGAAUGCGGCCAUCAACAACACGAAGCUGAAGAGGCUGGCGACGGUGGAGGACUGCGCGGAUCAGGUCAGGGUGUUGGCGCUGAGCAGGAGCAUUACCGGGCAGAACAUCAGCAUCGAUGGCGGGUCGUCGCUGUGA